AUAUUUCAUCUUCUCGCUUUUUCUGUCUAUGCUCAAACCUGGCGAAUGUUAGGUGCAGCAGCUUUUCGACUGCCGACUUUAUUACUAUGAUGUUAAGCCAGGUUUUUGGUGGAGUCCUGAUGAUGAUGAGAGUUUAUGCGUUAUACAACCGAAGCCGCUGGUUGAUUUAUGUGCUUGUGGUGAUGGGGAUAGCACUUGUCGCAGGAGGUUGUGUGGCUAUCAUUCCAGUAGCUCCUGCGGUUCCUGUUAACCUCCCUUCGAUUUAUAUACCAUCAACAGGGUGUGGGGAUCCUAUUUCAUCAGAGCAGGGUGUGCGUCUAGCGGGAUCAUGGGGCAGCUUGCUGGCGUUUGAUACCUUCAUAUUCUCGCUGACAAUCUGGAAGACCUGGCGUAUCGGGUCUGUCAGUGGACGAAAUUUGAUUAACAUUCUGAUGCGAGAUGGAGCUAUGUAUUUUGCGGUUAUGAUCAUGAUCAACAUUGUCAGCAUCUUGGCGUAUUUGCUUCCUCCACUAGGACUCAAAGGGAUCAUCACGACGACCGCAAACGCAUUAUCAGGGACAAUGGUCUCCCGAAUGAUGCUCAAUAUCCGCGAUCCUCAUUUAACUGGCUACACAAUUUCGAGUUUGAGGACUGGUGACUUACCACAAGUUACCACAAAUUACGCCCUCGAACCCAUGACUGUGUCAUCAACGUCAUCUGUCAGAGUGGUCACAGAUGAUGUUAUAGAAGACAUAGGCGCCAGCGAUAACAUUAUAGAAAUCCCUCGCGAACGUCGACAAUAAAAUUUGUUCUUUUAUGAGUUACGGUAUUGACGUGUACACUAAAAUCUAUAGACUCGCCACAUUCAUCGAUUGCUCAUGUCUCCACAAAUGUAUUUUCACUUAUACUACACCCAUAAACACCAAACCCCGAAAGGAAAUUAUUGAAAUUGAAGUGUCAGC